UCAACCGCAAGUUUGCUAAAAUAACACAGUGGAGCCAGAAGAACGCAAGGCGGGGGCAUAGAUAUGAGCACACAACCGUUAAACUUGGUGCGUCCGACGACAUCGUUAGACAUUGAGAACGGCCUCUCGCUUGUCCCGCGCAUAAAGCUCAAUCUUACUAUCUAUCCCUCUGGCUUCACUGUCACCAAACCCAUCGACGAGUGGAAGAUCAAGCGAGCUCUAGUUGACUUUCUCAAGACCUCGCUUUCUACCCCCAUUACUGUUCCCGAGGAAGAUGUCCACAUCAAACGCCUCAGAGACCUGAAGAAGCGCAAGCGCGAUGAUCCAGUUGCCACAGGAACACUGCACAUCUGGGACCUAGGGUUUCUUGACGAUCGGAGUCGGAAGGAUACUGAGGAAGAGGGCGUGAAGGAUUUGGACAAGAAAUUCUUGGAAUGGAGAAAGUAUCUUGUUGAGAAGAUGGAAGGCAUCGAGUUGAACCUGGAAGGAGUUAAGUUCAGGCUUUCUGUAUCUGUUCCUGUUUCAGAUGAUUUUGAGGGUAUGAAGAAAUCGUGGGAGGAGUUUUAUGCAUUUGGCAAUCGAGGGUAUUCCAGAGGGAGGCAAGAACCGGAUACAAUUACUCUUCGAGGUCUACCAUCGCGGUGGUUUUCGGAGCCAAGGGUUUCGUCUAAGCCUUCCAUGCUUGUUACUCACACGAUCUUCUCGGGAUUUGGCAAGAUAAGGAAUCUUACUGUUGCUGAGGACGAUGAUCUAGGUAAGGAUGCAAAUGAAGAGAGUGAAGGUCUAGUUUCAGGCCUCUAUUGCAAGAUUGUGGUUCAGUUUGAGAAAUACAGAGACUUCUACGAUGCUUUAAGAGUAUUGUGCGGCCGAUCCUUACAAAAGCAAGGGUCACACUUAAAGGCUGAUUAUGAAGUUGGGUGGGAAAAAGAUGCACCUUUUCGGAAUUCGAGGAAUCAGAUACAAGAGAAGGAUAACAGAAGUGAAGCUCCCCGACGCCACUCCUACAGCUCCCGCCACAGUCCAGAGACCGUGCGCCCAAGGAGAUUCAAGGAAUAAGGAAUCUUCAUUUUAAUCUUGGACUGAGCUACGGAAAAUUUGACUCCGGAUUGUUGUGGUAUGUGGACUGCAGCCACUUUCUUUUGAAGAGAGACUUGGACUAUCUGGGUCUAAGUCAAGGACGUGGUUUUACUGGGUGCAUUGUAUUAUUGCUGUUGCUAGAAGGAAACAUUUUCCCCGGGGUUGGCCAAAAUCCAUGACGCAGGUUGGAUGAAAGUUAAAGCAAUUCAAAUGUGAAGUAGAUGAUAUUUUCACCUUUUGUUCCUAUCGAUAUAUCUUGUCCUUAUUCUAGAUUGCAAGAUCCAGGAACCUCUGUUUAUGCAUUCUGUCUGAUAUUGCUAUUGCUAAAAGGAAACAUUUUCCCCAGGAUUGGCCAAAAUCCAUGCCGCAGGUUGGAUGAAAGUUAAAGCAAUUCAAAUGUGAAGUAGAUGAUAUUUUCACAUUUUGUUCCUAUCGAUAUAUCUUGUCCUUAUUCUA